UCUUCGGGACUUGUGUGAAUUGCUUCUGUACCUGUUACUACCUCCUGGAGACUUCCACAAUAAGAAUAUGAGAUACUUCCUAAGGGAGGUGCUAGCGCGUGGUGUGCUGCUUCCUUUGAUCAACCAGCUGAGUGACCCAGACUACAUCAACCAGUUUGUCAUAUGGAUGAUCCGGGAUAACAGCUGUAACUAUGAAGCCUUCAUGAACAUCCUGAAGUUAACAGAUAAGCCUGCUGAGCUGGAGGCCGUUAGAGACAAGGUGCUGGAGGAGCUGCAGUUUCUCCGCUCCCUGGACACUGCUGGAGACGACAUUAACGUGAUCAAGAACCAGAUCAACAGUCUUCUGUUUGUGAAGAAGGUGUGUGAGACCAGGAUCCAGAGACUGCAGUCUGGCAAGGAGGUUGAUGCCUUUAAGCUGGCAGCCAACUUUGGAAAGCUGUGUGUCAUCCCGCUGGAUCACAUCCUCGUCCACAACAUAGCCCUGCAGUUCUUCAUGGACUUCAUGCAGGCAGCGGGGGCCCAGGCCGAGCUGUUCUUCUGGCUCACAGUGGAGGGAUACAGGGUGACGGCGCAGCAGCAGCUGGAGGCCAUGCAGAGCUGGCAGAAGGACGGCAAGAAGCAGCCUAGUGACACUAAAGGGCUGCUGAAGGCAGCUGCACUGGGUGUCUAUGAACAAUACCUCUCUGACAAGGCGUCCCCCAGGGUGCAGGUGGACGAGGCAUCACUAACAAGGCUUGGGGAGAAGCUACGGAAAGACGACCCCACGCCAGAGAUAUUUGAUGAAAUCCAGAGAAAGGUGUAUGACAUGAUGCUACGCGAUGAGCGGUAUUACCCGUCCUUCAAGCAGAGCCCUCUCUAUGUCCGCAUGCUUGCAGAGCUGGACAUGUUGAAAGAGCCAAGCUACCGAGGGUCUGACGAUGGUGAUGGAGAGUCCUUUAAUGGUUCUCCAACAGGAAGCAUAAACCUAUCUUUGGAUGACUUGCCCAAUUCCUGCCAUGAUGAAUCUAUGCACCUUCAUGCCUUCAUCUCUGACACAGCUGAUGCUUGUCUCCCCGGCUUCUGGGGUGCUGCAGGGGUGUGCAAUGACCACGGUAAGACCUACGCACUGUACACCAUCACUGUGGUUAGACGCAACCAAGAUGGCAGUGAGGAUGCCUGGAAGACCUACCGCCGCUACUCAGACUUCCAUGACUUCCAUAUGAGAAUCACUGAACAGUUUGAGAACCUGGCAUCAAUCCUCAAGCUGCCAGGAAAGAAGACCUUCAAUAACAUGGACAGAGACUUCUUGGAGAAGAGAAAAAAAGACCUCAAUGCUUACCUACAGUUGCUGCUGAACCCAGAGAUGGUGAAGGCCUGCCCAACUCUGAUCCCUUACGUGUAUGACUUCCUAGAGAACAAGGCCUAUAGCAAGGGCAAAGGAGAGUUUGCACGGAAGAUAGACACAUUUGUGAACCCUCUGCGGAGCUCCAUGAGAAACGUGUCCAAUGCAGUAAAAGCCUUCCCAGACAGUUUAGCAGAGGGAGUGAACAAAGUCUCCGAUAACAUGGGCCGCAUGUCAGAAAAACUGGGUCAGGAUAUCAAACAAUCCAUACUGAAGGUGCCUCCAAUCCUCCCCAAGUCUGAAAUCGACCCUGAGCACUGUCGAGUCUCUGCUCAGCUCGAUGACAAUGUGGAUGAUAAUAUCCCACUCCGGGUAAUGCUGCUGCUGAUGGACGAGGUGUUUGAUCUCAAAGAGAAGAACCAGUGGCUGCGCAGGAAUAUUAAGAACCUUCUGCAGCAGCUCAUCAGGGCCACAUAUGGGGACACAAUCAACAGGAAAAUCGUAGAUCAUGUGGACUACCUGACGUCACCAGAACAGGUGGCAGAUUACGUCAAGAGGUUCAGGGAUUCCUACUGGCCCAAUGGUAUUCUAGCUGAGACCCCGCCCCGCCGGGACAAGAACAUCCGCAUGAGGACACGAGUAGCUGCCAAAACCAGCCUUCUGGGAAUCAUGCCAGAUGAGCUGAAGCACAUCAUCGGAGCCGAUACCACGAGGAAGGGCAUCCUCCGCGUCUUUGACAUGUUUCAGUACCAACCCAUGAACCGUCGCCUAGUCUACGUUUUCCUGGAGGGCUUCCUGGAGACCAUGUUCCCUCAGUACAAAUUCCCCGAGCUCUUUGUCAAGCUGCACUCCCGUUCGCCACGCAUCCAUAGAUACAACCAGAAACUGAAAUCCACCUCCCUCAAGAGGUGACAGGAGAGGACAGAGGCAGCAGGACAAGGGCCGAUAAGAUACACAGACUUGAGAGCUGAGGGUGUGAGUGGCAGUGGUGGGGAUUGAUAUGACUGUUGUUGAGGGGUGUGUGUGUGUGUGAGAGAGAGAGAAUUCUGCCCUUCCUCUUCCCUCACACAUUGCUGAAGGUGAAAUCACUCCAUUUUAUCUGGCUGAUUAUUUCUGUCAAGACAGAAACGAAGGAUGUGUAACACUUGGACACACGCGCAAACACAAAUCUCAUAAUUUGCACCAAGACUGAACUUGGCUGUGUUUUCUUUUUAGUUCCCCUGCUCCAUUUGAGACUUUUUUUUGUUGUUGUUGUUGUGUUGAGCGUCAUUCUGGGCCAGCUGAUGCUGCUUUUUCAUGGUCCAGAGAGCGCAACCACAGAUAUCGUUGUUUUUAAACUGCAGGACUCAAUAGCAUUAGACCCACACCUUGCCUUACCUUCCUGCUUCUAUCUGUUGGCCAGUGCGGUCCUCCUCCACGUCAGCGAAGUGGCCGCACAGCUGUAAUCAAACCCACCCUCAUGCUGUAGACAUCUAAGCUGCAAAAAUCACUUGCAAACUGUGUUUUCGCAACCAAAAAACGUCGAUUGCACUGGGUUUAAGAGCCGCUGUUUUUAAAAUGUGACAGAUAUCUUUUUUUUUUUCUCUCCUCAGCCUCAGUGCUUGUCUUGACUUUCUUCCACCCUUGCUCUCUCUCUCUUAAGUCUUAGAUCACCUGUACUUCCCUCGAUCAUCCAAUCAAAGAACCCUUUUUAAUGCUACUCUCAUAUCCUGCAGCAACCAAAGCUCAUGCUGUUCGUAUGUGUGUGUACUGUUCUGACAUUGGGGAAACAUUACUGUGUUUCAUAUCACGUAAAGAAAAAGAAUGCAACGUUGACCUUUAAUGACCUUUAAGGUGAGGCUGUGACGACACACUGAGGUGUGUUAUUGUCAGGAACUAUUCAAGAAUGUACUCUCUGGUCGGUUCUGUAUCUGGCUUGAGCAGAAGUCUGUGUGUGUGCGUGUGUGUGUGUGUGUGGUUAGCACAAAGAUGCAACCCUCUUCUGUCAGAAACUGUGCCAGUGUGAGCUAGGGGAACCAGCCUUAAGUCUAUAUACAGUGUACACUGAUCAAGAGAUGCACGCUAGAGGUAACUCUCCUUCACAUGACUGAACAUAACAAGGAAAUCAGGACAGAGAUAUGGAGAUGUGUCCCUAACCACCUUUGGUCAGAGGAAAAACGACUUGGAUUUGGUGCAAUAUUUUUUUUUGUUUUCUUUAAGGCAUGUGCAUUUUUGAAUCAUUGUAUUACUGAAAAUUGUUUUAAUAGUAGAAAAAGCGAGAGCUCUUUUCCCAGAGAUGUCCUUUUACCCCAGACAACUUAACAUUCCGUUGUUAUAAAAGUACAAUGUUUAAUUUUACAGACUUGUUUUAUAAGUCUGAUUUUUCUUUUUUAGUUUUUGUUUUUUUUCUUUUCGGUGUGCAGGGGGUUAUUUUCCCAUUCAUCCCCAGCUGACUCUUGCAGAAAUAAUCAGAGAUGAUUAUUAGACUGUGGUGGGGGGGACAGCUACUUCAGAGGUGGCCUUGAACAACUGCUCUUUCUUUCAUGCAUUGAAGCCUGUGAAGUGUGAAAAGAGGUUUGUUAUUAUGAACUGACCGCUGAAAAGACACUCCCACCCCCCACUCACCCCCCUUCGACACCCAAAAAUUGGGUGAGACAGGUUCACAGAAGAGCUGUGUCUUGUGACCACUAGAAUCACUACUAAUAAGCACUUACUGUAGCAAGUGUGGGAGUCCCACUCCCCCAUUGACUAAACGGCGCCCCAUUCUGCUGCAGUCAUUGGACGGAAACUUCCUCGUCUGCUGUGAUUUGCUUGCACCGAGCUGCCCCGAUGGACUCUGAUUGGCUGAGCAUGAUAACAUGGCUUGGACUGGACUGGAGCCUCUCUUACUGGGAGGUGAAUAAUGUGUCCCUUAUGAUGGCGAAGGCGGUAUCACCUUUAACUUUCUGCACACCUCUCCAUACAGGAAGGCUCAUGUUUUUUUUAACCCCAGUAUAUAUGAAUAUGAUAAUGAAAAUUGUGCAUAUCUGUGUACAGUAUGUGUUAAUAGUGUGCCUAAAUGUACUGUCAACUCUAUUUUCAUAUUUUUCUUUAACCUAAAAAAAAAAAGAAAAGAAAACAUCAGAAUGUCAUGAUCAUUUUAAGCGACUGAAAAAUGACUUUAGGGUGUUUUGGUUUAUUUUGGCAUCAUGCUUAUCAAAAUUUUCCUUGUGAGCAUUGUGCUCAGAACAGUACAACACUAAUAAAAAGAUAACUCAGACUAACUGAA